GGAAUUUUAUUUUUACCAGGAAAUAAAAGAGAUAGUUAGUGGCCGGUUGGUGUUUUAGUGUGUUUGCCAUCAAUUCCGCCGCCGGGAUAAUCUCAAUGGAGUCACUGUCAACCUCCUCCUCCUCUUCUCUGACAACAUCCCCCAUUUUCUCUCCAUCCAAACAUGCCCUUAUCCCUAAACCCCAAAAUCUCUCUUUCUCUCUCCCUAAGUCCAAUGCUCGCCUAGCAUUGCUCAUCUGUGCCGCGCAACAGAUGAACAACUCACCACCAGUACCCUCAAAGGAGGUGAAGUUAUGGGGUGGGCGUUUUGAGGAGAGUGUUACUGAUGCUGUUGAGAAGUUUACUGAGUCUAUUUCGUUUGAUAAGGGUCUUUACAAACAGGAUAUUAUGGGUAGUAAAGCUCAUGCCACAAUGCUUGCAAAACAGGGAUUGAUGACUGAUAAUGAUAGAGAUACUAUCAUAAAAGGUCUUGAAGAGAUAGAGGGGCAAAUUGAGGCAGGUCAAUUUGUAUGGAGGCCGGAUAGAGAGGAUGUGCAUAUGAACAUUGAAGCAGCGCUUACUGAUUUAGUUGGGGAGCCUGCCAAAAAGCUUCACACUGCCCGGAGUAGAAACGAUCAAGUUGCAACUGACUUUCGCUUGUGGUGCCGUGAUGCUAUUGACACAAUCAUUUCACGCAUUAAGAAUCUUCAGAUCGCAAUGGUUAAACUAGCUCUCCAGAAUGAGGGUCUUAUUGUUCCUGGAUAUACUCAUCUGCAAAGGGCCCAACCUGUUCUGUUGCAACACCUUCUUUUAACAUAUGUUGAACAGCUUGAGCGUGAUGCUGGUCGCUUAUUAGAUUGUAGAGCAAGGCUGAAUGUCUGCCCUCUAGGUGCAUGUGCAUUAGCUGGCACUGGUCUUCCCAUUGAUAGGUUUAUGACUUCUGAUGCAUUGGGAUUCACUGCCCCCAUGAGGAACAGCAUUGAUGCAGUUUCCGAUCGAGAUUUUGUGCUGGAGUUACUUUCUGCCAAUUCCAUCACUGCUGUUCAUCUCUCUCGCCUGGGUGAAGAAUGGGUAUUGUGGGCAUCUGAAGAAUUCGGCUUCUUGACUCCUAGUGAUUCUGUUUCCACUGGAAGCAGUAUAAUGCCCCAAAAGAAGAAUCCAGAUCCAAUGGAGCUUGUUCGUGGAAAAUCUGGUAGAGUCAUAGGGGACUUGGUUUCACUUCUUGUGUUGUGCAAGGGACUUCCUCAAGCUUACAACCGGGAUUUGCAGGAAGAUAAGGAGCCUGUAUUUGACAGUGUCAAGGCAAUAGUUGGGAUGCUCGAGGUAUCAGCAGAGUUUGCGCAGAAUGUUUCCUUUAACCGAGAGAGAAUACAGAAGUCUCUACCAGCUGGUCAUCUUGAUGCCACUACACUUGCUGAUUACCUUGUGAAAAAGGGAAUACCUUUCAGAACUUCUCAUGACAUAGUUGGGAGGUCUGUCGCUUUAUGUGUUGCAAGAAAGUGCGAGCUUCAACACCUUAGGCUUGACGAGUUGAACAGUCUACAUCCGAUAUUUGACAAGGAUGUCUACGAAUUUCUGGGGGUUGAAAAUUCAAUAAAGAAAUUCAGCUCGUAUGGCUCCACAGGUUCAGAAUGUGUUGCCGGUCAGCUUGAUUAUUGGAUUGAUAAGCUUAGCAUCAGCACAUAGAGGUAAUUGUAUGGUGGAAAAUUAUAUGACUCGUCAUGCAGUUCGGAAGAAUUUGGAGGUCUCAGUGGAAGAGGGAUCAUGUUGCUAGCUUCUUUCUAACAGAAUUUGUAAUCUUGUUAGAGAUGUGUUUAUGCGAUUACUUUCACUCGAAAUACUAGUAACUGAGAGCAAUCAAGAAGUUGAUAUUUUGUGGUAAAUUGAAUGGAAUAUUUCAAAUGCCACGUGUUUGACAACCAAAGUAGAAUUUAUUUGGAUAAAUUAUUGGAA